UAUUAUCAACAACCCUAUUGACGAGCGGCCAACUCUGCAGCCGGACAGGCAGACAGACUUCCAGCGCCAACGCGACCGCCACCAGUUGCACAAGGUUCAGCUCAGAGUGCUCCCCCACCCCCCCACAGAUCCCACAGAGAAAGAUGCAGAAGCUGCUGCUGGUGCUCCUCCUGCUGCCCGGCGUGGCGCUGGGAUUACUGGAGGGUCUUUACUGCGGCAAGGAGAACUGCUACGAUGUCCUGGGCAUGACUCGUGAGUCCUCCAAGUCGGAGAUCGGCAAGGCCUACCGACAGCUGGCCCGGAAAUACCAUCCCGAUUUACAUCGCGGCGCCGAGGCGAAGGCGGCUGCCGAGAUCCAGUUCAAGCUGGUGGCCACUGCGUACGAGAUCCUGCGCGAUGAGGAGUCUCGAACGGACUACGACUACAUGCUGGACAACCCGGAUGCGUACUAUGCUCACUACUACCGCUACUACAGGCGCCGCGUGGCUCCCAAGGUGGAUGUGCGCGUGGUGAUCGUGGUGGUGUUGACUAUUGUCUCGGUGAUCCAGUACUACUCCGGCUGGCAGCGCUACGACUCGGCCAUUAAAUACUUUGCGACGGUGCCAAAGUAUCGGAACCAGGCCCUGGACAUCGCCCGGGACGAGAUCCAGGAGCGGAUCCAGAAGAAGGGAAAGAACAAAAUGUCGAAGGUGGAUCAGCGCGAGGAGCUGGAGCGGAUUGUGCGGCGAGUGAUCGCCGAGAAGAUGGACGUGAAGGGUGGCUACGCCAAGCCGACGCUGUGGGACGUGCUCUGGGUGCAGUUGCUCAUCUGCCCGUACACCCUGCUGUCGUUUAUAGCGUGGCAUGCCCAGUGGUUCUGGCGCUACACGGUGAUGAAGCAGCCCUAUGGCCGGGAACAGAAGCUCUAUCUGAUCCGUCGGCAUUUGGGAAUGGGACAGCAUCAGUUUGAGGCGCAGGAGGAGAAACAGCUGGAGGAGUACCUGCAUCUGGAGCUGUGGAAGCGGGAGAACUUUGCCGCCUGGAAGGCCGAGCAGGACGAGGAGAUGAAGAAGAAGUUGGCCGAGAAUCCGCGCUACAAGGCCUACCGUCGCUACAUGAAGAACCACGGCCCUGGCCGCAUCACCUUCGAGGAUUAGACGUCCUACUCCACCCCCGUACCAUUUAAAGAUUUUGAUGAAUUUGAUUUUUUUUUUGUUUCCAUCCCGAACCCUCACCCGACCCGAAGAAGCGUUGACCUCGCCGUAGUUCUCCCAGCUCCAGUUAGUUGUCCGGUUCGGCAAAACCGGUUCGAGAACGUGGCCACAGAAUCGAAGAAGCCGGUGGCCGAUGGCUGGUGCCCAGUACAGUGGCCACCGGCUACGACGCACUCACCCUAGAACAAUUGCCCGUCCCCCCCCAGUUCCAUAUAUAAGAGAGAGAAACUUGAUACUUGACUAACCCGAGCAUCCAAUAAACUAGCUAGAAUUUA